AUGCCGACGGUUCCCAUGCUGCGAUAUUGGCUAUCCGAGCACCCUUCCAUUGUCAACUUCCGUUGGAGCCACUCCCAAUCAUGGGGCUCCACGUGGCCCUUCCUCGUCGCCGCCGUCACCUUCUACGUCGUUGCCGCUGUCAUCCUCCAUCUUCUAAUGAUCCUCCUACGCCGCGUUCGCCAGGUCCCACUCGGCCCCAUUCCGGCCAUCCAUAGUCUCUCCAUGGCCGUAAUCUCGGCAGUCGUCUUCACCGGAAUCCUCCUCUCCGCCGCGGCGGAAAUUCGUGACACCCGCUGGCUCUGGCGGCGGAGCAGAACCAAAACCACUCCGUUUCAGUGGCUGCUCUGUUUCCCGAUCGGCACACGCUCCUCUGGGCGCGUGUUCUUCUGGUCGUACAUUUUUUACCUCUCCCGAUUCCUCCACCUAAUCCGCACCUUUUUGACCGUUCUCCGCCGCCGCCGUCUCCCAUUCUUUCACCUCUUCAACCAGUCGAUCCUCAUCCUCACUUCCUUCCUUUGGCUGGAAUUUUCACAGUCUUUUCAAAUCCUCGCGAUUCUCUCUACCACCCUCCUCCAUUUCCUCGUCUACGGCUACCGGUUCUUGACGUCCGUCGGGCUCCUGGCCACGUGCUUCCGGUUCGUACUCAAUUGCCAGGCGGCUCUGCUUUCCUGCAACUUGCUCUGCCAUUUUGGGGUGUUUUUGUUUCACGUUCUGAAAGGCGGGUGCAAUGGCAUUGGCGCUUGGAUCUGCAACUCUGUGCUUAAUUCCGCCAUUCUUUUGCUGUUCGUGAAGUUCUACAAGGAAAAUCGUUGCGAUGGGAUUCAUAAGAACCCACCCAGAUUCUGA